GCUGUCACUGUCUUUAACUGUCAUUAACUGACGAAAACAUACUGACAAGUCAACAGAGACACGGCUAUUUACUUCAGAGUGACUCUUCUUUUAUUGUGAAAAUCUAUGACCGUUAGCCUGCUGACAGCUAACUCGGUUAACAGCUGUCAAAACAAACAAGUUUCCUUUAUUAGCUAACUGCUAGCUUCGCAGGAGUAAACUUUUCAACAUUUAGUAGCUUAUAAACGCAAUCAACGAGUAAGAACGUCGUUGUUUCAUAACUUUAACUGUGUGAAAACAAACUGCUAGCCUUCGAUAAAGACGAUAAUCGUUUUUUUAUGCAGACUAUAAAGUGUGUGGUGGUGGGUGACGGUGCGGUGGGAAAGACUUGCCUCCUCAUCUCCUACACCACCAACAAGUUUCCCUCUGAAUACGUCCCCACGGUGUUUGAUAACUAUGCGGUGACGGUGAUGAUCGGCGGGGAGCCGUACACUCUGGGACUGUUUGACACUGCAGGUCAGGAGGACUACGACCGGCUGCGACCCCUCAGCUACCCUCAGACAGACGUCUUCCUCGUCUGCUUCUCUGUCGUGUCGCCUUCCUCGUUUGAGAAUGUCAGAGAGAAGUGGGUGCCGGAGAUCUCGCACCACUGCCCGCGGACCCCCUUCCUGCUGGUCGGGACUCAGAUGGAUCUGAGGGACGACAGCAACACUCUGGAGAAACUGGCCAAGAACAAACAGCGAGCUCUGAGCUGUGAGAGCGGAGAGAAGCUCGCUCGAGAGCUGAAGGCCGUCAAAUACGUGGAGUGUUCCGCUCUCACGCAGAGGGGUCUGAAGAACGUAUUUGACGAGGCCAUCCUGGCUGCUCUGGAGCCUCCGGACAACAAACCCAAGAAGCGCUGCGUCCUGCUAUAGACGGAGGAGGAGGAGGAGGAGGAGGAGGAGGAGGAGGAGGAGGAGGAGGAGGGGAGGAGGAGAGGAGGAGGAGGAGGAGGAGGAGUACAGAGGGAGGGAGGUGGACGAGGUAGACACAUGUUUCAACGAGUGCCUUCAGCCGUCGUGACUUAACGUGGGCGUGGCGUCGGAGGAGCCGGGCUCUCGACGGGCUUUAUUUUCAUCAUAGAUAAGUGUUUCGGAUUAUAUUAUGACUAACGCACGUGAACAACACGCCUCGCUAACCAGGAAACGGGGGUUUAAAUUUUAGUUGAGCAGUAGAGAGGGUUUCACCUCGGACGCCUUUUAAAAGAUGCACAACAGUGGAUGGCGUCACGGUUACAGAUGAGACCGCCAACCGCCGCCUCAAACCGAUGACGUUUCUCAAAAGCCUUGAACUUUAGGAGCUGUGUCAGAUAUCUGAAUAAGAUUUGUUCCAGUCAGUAAACACAGUCCUGGAGAACAUCUGUGUUUACUGAACUUCAUGGUGGAGCUGAUCCUCUGUUUUCAUGGGAAACAUUUGAAAUCGAGCUGACAGUCCCUGAACCUUUGUGCCUCACUUAGGAACAGUUGCUCAGGUCUCAUUAGAGGAUAAAAUGUCCCAAAACUAAAAUUUUGAGGUCUGAUCUUAUAGAACGUGUGAUUUUUAUUCUGUAAUGACGACGGGAUCGAACAUUGUGGUUUUAUUGCGGACAUUUUCUUCCUUAAGUAGCUGAGUAGUGUCUGUGUUUCGGAGCUGAGGUUGAACUUCAGAAACUAGAAAUAAAACUCACAACCUUGCCAAACUUCAAGAGAAAAUUAAAACGAUGAAAAUGUCCUACGUGAGGCACAAGGGUUAAGUCACAGUAAAGUUCUUUAAAAUUUAAAUUACACAAGAAAGUCUUCCAAAAUCAGUGUCAUUUGAAUCUUUGUUUGGUCCAAAGCAGGUCGCAUCUGGAGAGAAUAAAGUCCAGCAAGAAGAACAAUGCAGCAUUAAUGAUAUUAAUCUGGUCUGAGAAGACAAAAAUAAACUCUUUCCUCGAGCAGAACUAACGCGGUUUUUAAUUUAACGAGACGUGAACACGUGACCCAGUUGGUGAGCAGCGUUCCCUGCAGCUCAGUGGACCGUCGGUCCGGUUUACUGGAGGAGUUUGAGAGUAGUGACUGAACCUGACUUCAUCCAUUUCAGUGGGGAGAGAUUGAGAUCGCUUUAAGUGAGCUAAUGACAGCUUUACUGACUUCGUCUAUGAGACGAUACACACACACACACACACACACACACACACACAGACACACACACACACACACACACAUGCCAACACACAUGCCAACACACAGUCAUCUUUAACAACAUGCCGAGAAUGUUUUACGUGAAAACAACGUGUUUCCCUCGAGCCAUCUGGAGUCACGGGGUCUCAACCUGACGACAGAAAUGUUCCCGUAAUAAUACGUUGUGUUGUCAGUGUGACCGUUUCCCUCUCUGCCGUCUCACUGUGGACGUCCUGAACCCAACACUCCACAAACACAGCUUUCUAUCUAAUAUAAAGUAUGAGAGGCGUUACAUAUAGAAUUAUAACAUCUAUAAAUCAAUACUUUAUUCAUUUUGAGAUAACAAUCAGUGUAAUAAACGUGACAAAUAUGAAAUUCCGUAGUGGCAGCGAUGUGAAUUUAGCUGUAAUUAAAUUGUAAUAAACUGAUAAAAAAAAGGAUGCUGAAAUAACUACAUAAUGAUGCUGAUCUGUCAAAAGACUGAGUUUGUGCUUUGUCAGGUUUGGCAGCGACAUGACAAGCAAACAACUUUUAAAAAGCUUGUUUUCUGAAUGUUUGGAUCGAUUAGUGUCAUGCUACGCUAACCUUGUAGCUGCUCCGUCAACACUCUAAAUAGCUUCAUCGCG